AUGAAAACUGACAUUUUAUACUUCAUCAUCCUUGGAGUUUUCAAAGGUUUAUCUGAAGGAGGAGGUGUGUUACCAGAUGGUCCUCUGAAUGCAACUGUUGGAGGGACGGUGAUGUUCAGAACCAAUAUGACUCCAACAGAAACACAGUUUUCAUUAGUGAGCUGGAGUUUUAAUGGUAGUUCUGUGCCAAUAAUAUCCUCACGGCCUACUUCAAACUCAACUGCACCAGAGUAUAAAGACAGAAUCACCCUGUUUACAUCAACUGGCUCUCUGGAGCUCAGGAAUCUGGAACUCAAGGACAGUGGAGAGUAUAGAGUUGAACUUUUACCACCAGGUGCCUCUAAAAUAACAGGAAAGACUUGGCUGGAUGUCUAUGCACCAGUCUCCAAUGUAAGAGUAACUCCACCAACAGCAGACCUGGUUGAGUUCAACAGUUCUGCCCGUCUGUCCUGCUCCUCCUCUGGAUCUUCUCUCUCCUUCCUCUGGAUGAACAGCAGCUCUGAGCUUACAGACAGUGACAGAGUUCAGAUCACUGAUGGAGGAUCCACUCUGAUUAUAAUCAGUGUGACCCGAUAUGACCAGGGACCAUACAGCUGUCGUGUGUCUAAUCCUGUCAGUGCUGAAACCAGUAAACCAGUAAACCUCGCCAUUAGUUACGGCCCAGAAUAUAUACAGCUGCACGUGUCUCCAUCAGACGUUCACUAUGAAGAAGGAUCAGACAUCACUCUGAGCUGCUCAGCUGAGUCUGAACCUUCUGCUGAUUUUAAAUGGCUUCUGGAUGGAGACCUGCUGCCUGAUUCUGGACCUGAACUCAGACUGAUGAACGUUCAGAUGAGUCAGAGUGGAAACUACAGCUGUCAGGCCUUUAACAGCAAAACUCUGAGAUAUCAAACAUCUCAACCUUUAUCAGUGUUUGUUCUUGCACGAGUCUCCAAUGUAAGAGUAACUCCACCAACAGCAGACCUGGUUGAGUUCAACAGUUCUGUCCGUCUGUCCUGCUCCUCCUCUGGAUCUUCUCUCUCCUUCCUCUGGAUGAACAGCAGCUCUGAGCUUACAGACAGUGACAGAGUUCAGAUCACUGAUGGAGGAUCCACUCUGACUAUAAUCAGUGUGACCCGAUAUGACCAGGGAUCAUACAGCUGUCGUGUGUCUAAUCCUAUCAGUGCUGAAACCAGUCAACCAGUAAACCUCUCCAUUAGUUACGGACCAGAACCUGUACAAACAAAUGUGUCUCCAUCAAAAGUUCACUAUGAAGAAGGAUCAGACAUCGCUCUGAGCUGCUCAGCUGAGUCUAAACCUUCUGCUGAUUUAAAAUGGCUUCUUGAUGGAGACCUGCUGCCUGAUUCUGGACCUGAACUCAGACUGAUGAACGUUCAGACGAGUCAGAGUGGAAACUACACCUGUCAGGCCUUUAACAGCAAAACUCUGAGAUAUCAAACAUCUCAACCUUCUGCUGUCUCUGUGCUUGCACGGAUCUCCAACGUUGUGGUCAGAUCAAACCCCACAGACCUGGUGGAGUUCAGCAGCUCUGUCAGUCUCUUCUGCUCUUCAUCUGGAUCCUCUCCCUCUUUCUUGUGGAUGAAUGGCAGCUCUGAGGUCAGCGACAGUGACAGAGUUCAGAUCACUGAGCAACACUCCACUCUGACUUUAAUUAUUGUGACCAGAUACGACCGGGGACCAUACAGGUGUCAUGUGUCCAAUUACUUCAGUACUGCCAUCAGUGAUCCAUUACACCUCCUGAUCAGCUAUGGACCAGAACAAAUUAAACUAACAGUCUUACCACCUCGAGAAUACUUUGAGGAAGGCUCAGACGUCCACCUGUCCUGCUCAGUUGACUCCAGACCUGCUGCCACGUUUCAGUGGUUUCUGAAUGGAGAUCUUCUGCCUCAGUCUGGAUCAGAACUCAAUCUGAAGAAUGUUGACAUGAGCCAAAGUGGAAACUACAGCUGUCAGGCCUUUAACAGCAAAACUCUAAAGAGUCAACACUCUCAGCCUGUAGUCGUCCGAAUAGUGGAACCAAGAGGUCUCUCAAGUGAUGUCAUUGCUGCAAUAGUUAUUACAUGUUUGAAAGUUGUUGGUGCAGGAGCUGCAGGAGGCUUUUUAAUUUACAAAGGAAAGUAA